UGGCCUAACUUUCAUUUCAUUUACAUUUUUUUGGUCAAGUUUCAUUUUCAUUUCUACUCCUCACAAACUCAAACGCUUCCUUCUAAACAAACAAAAGCACCAUUGGAUCUUAUGCGCCACCAAACCAAACAUAGUUUACACGAACCAACCAACCAUCCAACAAACACAAAAUCAACCAAUCAUCACUGCCUCGUGCACUGCGCGAGCGAGAGUGAGUGAUGAUACCAUAGAAUAAAGAUCGAUCGUGUGUAAUUAUCAUCAAUUCAAUUCAAUUUGAUCUAACAACAACAAUGGUAGCAGGAAAUGGUGAUAUAUGGAAAGCUCAUACGGCUAUGGCAAUCGUCCAGUUAUUCACCGGUGGUUAUCACGUUAUUACAAAAUUAGCUCUUAAUGUUGGAGUCAACCAAAUUGUUUUUUGUGUUUUUCGUGAUCUUCUUGCUCUCUCUAUUCUCGCUCCCAUCGCUUUUUUUCGUGAAAGACGUACACGGCCGCCCCUAACCAAACGCUUUGUAACAUCAUUCUUCUUUCUUGGAUUAACUGGGAUAUUUGGAAAUCAUCUUUUGUUUCUUAUUGGUUUGAGCUAUACUAAUCCAACUUAUGCUGCUGCAAUUCAGCCAGCUACUCCAGUCUUUACAUUUGUUUUGGCUAUCAUGAUGGGUACAGAAAGAGUGAACUUGCUAAGAUAUGAAGGUCUGGCCAAGGUUGGAGGAAUUUUUGUCUGUGUUUUGGGUGCCUUGGUGAUGGUUUUGUACCGUGGUCCAGCACUGAUAGGAUAUUCAGAAAUGGACCUUAUAUCGCACAGUGAAAUAAGUGCAAGAGGUCAACCAGAGCCUUCUGGAUGGUUAGUUAGUGGUUUAAUGGAACUUGGAUUAGACCAUUUUCAUGUUGGGGUUUUGUGCUUAAUAGGAAACUGCAUGUGCAUGGCUACUUUUCUAUCAAUUCAGGCUCCGUUAUUAAAAAAGUAUCCUGCAAACCUAUCUGUCGCAGCGUAUUCUUACUUCUUUGGAGCUUUACUGAUGGUAACUACAUCAUACUUUGUGACCGAUGAGUCAACUGAUUGGCGUUUGACACAGUCUGAAACAUUUGCCGUUUUAUAUGCUGGGAUUAUUGCAUCUGCUCUUAAUUAUGGAAUCAUUACAUGGAGCAACAAGAUCUUGGGCCCAGCCAUGGUUGCCCUUUAUAAUCCACUUCAACCUGGGGCGGCGGCUCUCCUGUCUAGAAUUUUUAUUGGAAGUCCAAUUUACAUGGGAAGUGUCUUAGGUGGAUCUCUGAUCAUUACUGGUCUGUAUGCGGUUACUUGGGCAUCAUAUAGAGAAAGACAGGCAGCUGCUGGAGUUAUUUCUCAUCAUGUCUCUAAAUGGGAAUCACUUCGCAAGACUUCGUUUCCCAGAAUUAAUAUUUUCUCUGGCUCCCCAAAGCCUUCGGAUUGACGAAAUCAAUUCUGGAAUGCUGUGUAAAAAGUUGUGUCAUAAUUCUUUUUUCUCUUAUUGCUAUCCUACAUAUACAUAUAGCUGGUUAGAAGAACUAAAAUUAAGAGAAUCGAUGCUCUAAUUUUGUAGGACACAUUUACAACAAUUCGACAAGGGUAUCCGUUACUUGUAAAAAUUACUUCAAGCGAGUUUUGGUUUGAAACUCUGCUAAAA